AUGGGGCCGCGCGUGGUGCAGCGGCCGCUCCGGGCGCUGUUGCUGCUGGUGCUGCCGGCGCUGCUGCUGGUGCGCGGGCCUGGGGAGGCUGUGUCCCCGCCGCCGCCCGCCGUGACGAAUGGGAGCCAGCCGGGUGCGCCGCAUAACAGCACGCACGCGAGCCCCCCGGGGCCGUCGGGCUCGGCGCUGCUGCGCUCCUUCUACGUGCUCACGGGCCUGUGCGGCCUGGCCGCGCUCUACUUCCUCAUCCGGGCCUUCAGGUUGAAGAAGCCGCAGCGGAGGAGGUAUGGCCUUCUGGCCAACACCGAGGACCCCACCGAGAUGGCCUCGAUGGACAGCGAUGAGGAGACGGUCUUUGAGACCAGGAAUCUGAGAUGAUGCCGAGGGGGGGGAGGUGGCGUUUCCAGUGGCCCUGGGGGACAGACAAGAGACAGGACCCA